AUGGCGUUCCCUCUUCCCAAUAAUCCAUACUUCUCAACAUCACCUCUGGCGGAUGUGGCUGAAUUCAGACAGAAUCUAGUUUCACGAAUUUUCGGAAGACCUCAGGACUAUGAUCUUUCGCUCGCACCAUCGCAAUCACCUGAACUACUUCGUAGAUCUGAUCUUGUAAAUCCCCAAAAAACUCUUUGUACACCUAACAAUUUAUUAAAUUCUCCAGGUUGGUUUCAGCAUGCUCUUGCAUCCAGUCUUCAAAUGGGUCUUUUGUCUUUACCACGGUACAUGCUCAAGGACAUUUACUUACCACCUUUACCUUCCCAACCUCUUAAUAUGAGGUUGCCCCGAGCUACGAACAUACAUGCACCUUUUGAACCAUCAGUACCCGAAGUAAAACCAAAGAUCACUAGUAAAUGUACAUCUCGACCAGAACAUUCUCGUUCCUCUUCAUUUAAUGAUUGUGAGAAUUUCUUUGCUUGUCGUCAACCUACAGUUCGGCCUACAUUAAAAAGACAAUCAGAGAGACCAAAGACAAAUUGGGGUUCAAAUAGUACAUCUAAUCCUCUUGCGUCAGUUGAAUCCCAAGAUACUGGUACUUUAGUUCCCAGUCUGAUUGACGGUGAAGUCAUAAUGGGAUUUAAUGUUUGGGGAGAAAAACGAUUAUGUUUACCACAUUUAUUUCGUUUUGUGCUACACGAUGUGGAUUUGCAGAUCAUAGAUAAGGCAUGUACAAAGCUUCAAAUAGCAUGCACAACGUGUACUCCAGCUCAAUUAAGUCUGUUACAUUCACGCCAAAUACUUCCUCGUACUGUCGGUAGUUGUGGUCUAAUUCGUAAAAGUGACGCAGAAAGGUUGACCAAGUAUAUUCGUCAUCAAAAUAUGUGUCUGGAGGGAUCUAAUUGUGAAGAGAGUUCAACAUGUAAAUCUCCAAUUAAUCCCUGCAUUGGUGAAGAUUCUGAGAUGAAAACUACUACUGGUAUGGGCUUUAUUAAGGACCAUCGACAACUGAGCCCUGUCUCAACUGACACUUCUAAAUCAACUAAAUCAGUAGAUAAUGCACAGUCAGCAGACCGCUUAGAUUCUGGUCAUGAUGAAAACCAGCCCGAGAAUAAUUGUAAAAAUGCUGUGGAAUCUAGUGUUAUUCCAGUAAUACAUGAAUGUUUUGGACGACAAUUGGGAUUAAUAUAUCCGAAUAUGUAUAAGGAACCUUAUUCAAAAUGUAUCAAGUGUGUCACAUGUUGUCGAUAUUUUUCUCCUGAGCAGUUUGUUGGACAUACACAUACCGUCACUGAAGUUGAUAAUUUAAACCAUUGGGUUUUGAUUCUACCAACUGGCGGUGUUAUCUUCGUUUGUACACGGGUCGUCGUUGUUGGGAAAUCUAAUACCAAAGAACCUGUGGUUGCUGUGGACGCUCAUCGUCGCCUGGAAGAAUUCAAAAUUAAGUUUGCACAGCCUAUUAAACUACCCCCAUCCUUAGGUGCAGCUUUACGAAGUGUGGGAUUAUGUGCAUCUGUGGCUCCAUUUCCUGCUGCUUCCAUAUGUGAACAAAUUUCAGCCCUGAUACGAAAAACUAGCCAGUCGAAAACUCAUCAGUUCCUCCCUCUACGGCCAAAUAAAGCACUUGAUCAGACAAUAAUCAGUACUUCAGCUAAUUCAGCCCCAAAUCAAUCCUCCCCUUCCAAUAUGAUACUGCCUCAGCUAACACUGCGUCGUCUAUGGGCACCGAACGAUGGUCGAAUUAAACUUCCACCUCCACCUAGGUUACUGACAAGCUGUGAGAUAAAAUCUCUUCCAGAAAAGUUUCGUACUGGACCUCCAUUAUUAUUACAUUCUCAUCGAGUUGUCACUCAAGAUGCUGCACAUCAUUAUGAUCGUGAUUUUAUACCAAAUGUUUGUCUGAAACCGUUCAAUGGGACUGAUAGUAAAAACAUUGCUAGAUCAUCAUCAAGUCGGAGACGUCGGCAUAGGCGUUCACUACGCAAGCAAAGUGAAGGAGAUUCUAUUCAGGACUCCAUAUCCCGUUCUUGCAGUGAAUAUAGCUCAGGUUCAAGAAGUAGUCGUACUCGAAGUUCUAGUGCUAGCAGUACUAGUAGCAGUCGGUGUAGUUGCAAUAAAAUUACUGGGAAUUUAGAUGUCCCAGAUUUUCGGUGGAAUCAAAAUAAGCCAUCUUGCAAUUGUAACCAUAAUUCUACGUCUCCUAAACACAAUUCUCACAGAACUACUGAUGGGCUAAAAUCAUGUGAUUCUAUGUGUGUCAAGAAGAAUCCUUCCAAUUCAUGUUCACCUAGAUUAUCUAGGGCACGUUCACUCAGCGGAAGUGUCAACAAAUUUAAAAGACUCCGAAGGACAUCUUCUUGUCCAGUGUUUUACUCCAUCCGACAAACAAGCACGCUAAAUAACAUUGAGUGUUCCGAUGAUAAGCAUAAUAGAAAAAAGUUGACGAACUCAACAUCAACUUUUAAAGGAUAUCAAAAGAAAUCCGCACCACCUCAUAUGGAUAAGAGUGGAAUUAAACAACGAUCUAGUCGAACUGGCCCAGGUUUAUGGGCACGACAUUUUAUUAAUGUACAGAAUUCUAAUGGAGAUUCUAUGAAAUUACCAAAUGCUAGACGAUCUGUCCCUCAUACAGUCGAUACCCAUAAUCCUUAUUCAAAUCCAGUGAAUAAUACUCCAGUAUUAGUGACAAAUCCAAUGAAAAAUAGUCUACCUGCUGCGGUUUUAGCUUUAGAAGCGAUUUGGGCAGAUUUAGUUCGACUUAUCAAUGAAUAUACAAUUGCAGUUGAAUCAAGGUCUGGUGUAGACGCAGCACGUCAAAGGUUGUUUGAGCAAUUCAUAUCUAUGCAAACUUGUUAUGCUACACAUAUAGCAUCAUUGAUGGAUGAAAAUCAAAAACUCCAUGAGAAGCUUACACAAACUCAAACUCAACUACUACAUUGUCAGCCUCAAUUACAGGGCUUUGUUGCAAAUAAUAAUAAUAAUAACAAUAAUAAUAAUAAUAAUGCAUCAAUGCCACUUAUGUCGAAUAACGCGCCACUUGCAUCAUCUCAACCACCACUUCUAUCUACGAUAACAACUUCAUCCACAUCCACAACCUCUGCUGGAAAUCAGAACCAAUUUCACCCUUUUGAUACAGAAUUAGAUAAUAAGUCUGGGUUCAACAACAGAUCAGAUGAUAUGUUGAUUCACUCUGUUAUCCAAAAUAAUAAUAAUGUCAGUAAUUAUGACGGUAACAACAAUAACUUGUCUCGUUUAUCACGAAAUGAUUUUUCACCGUUGAUUAUUGAUCCAACACGAAUUAUCUCUUCAAUCAAUAAACUCAAAUCAAUGAAUUCUAGCGAUGAGACACAUUUGAGAAUUGCUUCUGCUAUGAAUACAACUGCUUCUAUUACUUCUAAUCCACAUCAUAAACAUCAUUUCACUUCUAAUAAUUCUAUGAUUGAUCCAGGUAAUUCAUCAUCUAGAUACUUAACUAUGGCAUCAUCUAUGCUAUCUUCAAAUUUAAAGCGUAAAAUUGAUUCGUCAAAUAAUUUGGAUUUUGAUAUUCAUCGUUCAAUGUCAUCAUCUUCAUUGCCUAGUUCAUCCAGUAAUCCAAGUCCUUUAGAAGGUGGACGCAGUCACAGUUCAUCUACACCAACUGCUUCCGAAACAGAUAGUCUCACAAGGGAUCCUGUUGAUGAUCAAAGUGAAGAAAUAAAUCAUUUAGAAUUUCAAAAUUCAAAUCCUCGUAUAAAUAUUGAAGAUGAUACAAAUGAGUCAAAUGUAUGGACAAAAACUUUGCCAACGUUAGAUAAAUCUUCAAUGUUAUGGGAUCAACAUCAGAAUCCUGUCAGAAAUCUUAGCGAUUUAACUGCUAAUUGUAUGAGUAAGCAUCGUGACACAUCGCUAAUAGAUACAACACCGCCUAAUCAAACUAUUUAUUCACAUCAACCAAAAAGCGGCGUACAUUAAAUAGUCAUAUAUUUGCCGCCACAAACAGCAAUAUUAAUAGUGGUAAUAAUAAUAAUAAUAA